UAAAUAUUGAGAUGUUGUUUGAGUAAUGAUGGUGCCUAAAGAUCAUCAUUAAUGGCAUUUCUCUUCUUUGUUGUUUGUCUUACAUCAUUUGGGGGCAUUGGAGGUAACCAAUGGUGCCUCUCAAUAGUAUACUUUAGUUCUCGAAAAGAGAGAAAAAGAAAAAAAAAAAAAUUUUAUGGUAUGAAGUGUCAAAUUUGGUAAUUGUGUUCAUAUCCCUUCAUCUACAUUCUGUAGAGAUACAUGCUAUAAAAUUUCAGGGACAAGUAGUUUUAGAAUCUCACUAAUAUCGUCACCACACCACGCUUACCUUGAUUUCACAUCCAUACAGUGUUUCUAGUUGAAUCAAAUUGAUUUAGUUGGCAUGCUCUGGUUCGCACUUCUGGUGCUGUUUUUCAGUUUGGCGUACAAUUUUAUAUUCUUGACCUUCAUGUCCCCUAGGAUGGGAGCCGCUUGACAAUUUAUUUUCUUUUCUUUUUUUCUCAGUUGAAUAGAUGGUCUUGGUGUUGGCCUCAGCUAGAGUUGUUCCAAUAAAUUGUCUCUGAACACAAAACAUCUCAACCUGGAGGCUCUGGUCCUCUACCUGUACUUAUGAUCAUAAAAGGUUUAUUCAGGAGAUAUGAAAGAUGGAAUCCUGUGCACCCAACCUCUGGAGCCUUUUGGGGCAUGGGAAUAGGCAUUGGUUGUGGGGUUGGAUGGGGUCCUGGUUUUGGUCCUGAAGUGAUUGGCUAUGUUGGAGCAGGUUGUGGUGUUGGUUUUAGCGUUGGCAUCACUCUGGCUGGUUUUGGUAUUGGUCUUCCUGCAAAUUAUGUCUUCAAGGUUCCUUAUAAUGCUUUUCUGGCUACUAGAAGUGGUGUAUCAAUGUUUUCUAGAUCCAGUGGUCUACUUAGUUUGAGAAAUGCUUCAGCAAAUGGCUGGAAUAAGAUUGCCCCACACAUUGGAUUACAAAAGAAAGCAGGUGGAAGUUUCUCUACCUUCAACCUUAAAGAUUCAGUUGACAAAGUGGCUGAUUUUUCUGAUAUGAAGAGUGUAAUAUCAUCCCAUACUAGAUCUAUUCUUGAUCGUUUACAGAAAGUUGGUGCCAACUUCCAUCCUCAAAAAGGCUUGAAAGAUUGAUUUCGUGGAAGAUUCUCAUUCUCAACCCCAUUGUAGAGAAGUAAAAACUUUCCUCUGCUUUAGUGUUUCAUAUUUGAAAAAGGGGUUGGUGAGAGCAAUGAAAGGGAAAGUAGCAUUUGUCCAUCUUAUAGAAUUUUGGCGCUAAAGAAGCGGGAGAAAGAUGAUAUUCACAAAAAGAUUGCAGGAAAAUGAGAAAGGAAGGAAUGCAAUCGAACAGCAAGUCUAGGAUGAGAGGAUCUCAUUACAAGUGAAGCUCAGAUGCUUACUUCUGCUGGUUGUGGUAUAAACAAUGUAUCUAAAGAUGAACUCUUUAAAAUGGUGAUGAUGUUGCAAUUGAGUCUUGCUUUUCAUUGAAUUUUAUUUGUCAUAAAAAAGGCAUUCUCUCUCAGUGCACUGGAGUUCCCCCUUUAUGAGAGUCAGGGAACAGGUUACUUUGUAAAAGAAAGUUAUUUCUAUACAAUUUGAGUUGGUGACCUUCCAGUCAACCCUUGUGUGUUAUUUGGCUUUUCA